CUGCAUUUCCGUCACCAAUGAGAGGUCGUGGUAGUGGUGUGGAAUUAUGGUGUAUCGAUAGAGCAGAGUACAACAGUGCCGUUUGUCUUUAUUGCAGCGAAAAGAAUGGAUUCUUUUGGAUCAAACGCUGGUGCAGGUGGACAGAUAGAUCCACAGAUGCAGCACUUCAUCGAGGCGGAGACGCAGAAGCAGCGGUUCCAACAGUUAGUGCACGGACUAACCGACACGUGUUGGGAGAAGUGUAUGGACAGACCGUCCACCAAACUUGAUGGAAGGACAGAGACGUGUUUUGUCAACUGUGUGGAAAGAUUUAUCGACACCAGUAACUUUGUCCUCAACCGCCUCCAGAGUAAAGCAGGGACGGGCGAGCUCCAUUAGAGCUGGCAGUUCUGAGGAGCAGUCCCGGGGAGCAGUUCUGUGGAGUGGUCCUGAGGAGCAGUUCUGAGGAGUGGUCCUGAGGAGCAGUUCUGAGUAGUGGUCCUGAGGAGCAGUUCUGAGUCCUGAGGAGCAGUCCUGAGUUCUGAGGAGCAGUCCCAGGGAGUAUUGUCUGAUCAUGAGGAGCAGUCCUGAGGAGUGGUCCUGAGGAGUACUCCCGUGGAGCAGUCUUGAAUAGUGCUCCCAAGGAGUAGUCCUGUACUGUGAGCAGUUCUGAGGAGUACUCUGUAGUCCAGAGGAGUAAUAGUACUGAGGAGUAAUUCUGAGGAACAUAGUGGACUUUACUAUAGACACAGCUGUGCUGAUAAUGUACAACUUGUACAUGUAUGAUAGCUAGUAAUAGAUGACGUCCAGGCAAUUGUAGGGCAUGCAGUCGUACAUGUUUAGUUGCCUGUUCCUAGCAGACUGAAGCUAACAAGCCUGGUCUCCGGAUCCAGGCUAAGAUAUUCCAAACUCUAACCCUAAUCAUAGACGUUUGUAGCUACAAUUGAUACACCUGAUACCAAAACCUUUUUAUUUCAUGUGUAUUUCUUUGGCAUGAAUAUACAUGUAUUUUAAUAAAUACCAAGAAUACAUGUA